UGGUUUUGGAUCUUCACAACCUGGUGGUGGCUUUGGCUUUGGACAAUCAUCACAACCCAGUAUGUUUAGCUUCGGCCAAACUUCACAAUCAACUGCAGCGCCUCAAUUGAAUCUUGGUGGUGGCGCCUUUGGAUUUUCAACUCAGCCGGGAACUUCGAUUGUUCCAGCCUUUGGUAUUGGUACUGGCACUAGUACUAUGCAGCCGACUAGUUUAGUCACAACACAACCAAGUCAACAAUUACAACAACAUCGGACACCCGUUCAAGAACUACAUGAAUUGAUGAAUUCUUGGAAUACGUACAGCCCCCAGUGUCAGUUUAUUACUUAUUUCUUCAAUUUAUCAAAUCCUGGUUCAGUGCAGUAUUUCCAACCGCAACAGCAACAACGUUGGACACAGGAACUUUGGGAAGAAGCACAAAAAAAUAAUCCAGAUAAAACGAUAAUGAUGCCAAUUGUUGCUGUUGGGUUCGAAGACUUAAAAAAGAGGAUUAUAGAGCAUUUAAACGGUAAAAAUGAAAUUUCUGCAAAAUUAAAGGAUAUCGGAAAUAAAAUAGAGACAUUGCAAAUUAAACAUAACUUAGAAACCUCCGUAAAUUUGGAAAAUCAAAAACGGAAGCAUAUGGAAUUGACGCAACGAGUUAUUAAGCUUAUGAAACGAAUUCAAGUAGUACGUCUUAGGGGAACUAUGACCCGUUCAGGUGAAGAGCAACUCAAAGGACGUUUAGAGGAAAUCAAACAAAAUUUGUUAAGGCCAAUGGUUAGACUUGACCAUAUCAAGACACAAUAUAGUAUAUUAAAAAUACAUUGGGAUAAUCGUGAACCAUCAGUAGCUCAUAAAUACAACACUGUUGAUGCAAAUCAAUUAGAUAAUAUCGUGAAGGUUCUUGGCGCUGAACACACAGGAAUAGUACAUGGUAUUGAUACCCUGAAGAAGGAUUCAAAAGAUAUUGAUCUGAUCAUUAAAAACUUUAAUGAAGUUGUUAGAUCAUAGAAAUCAUAGAAGCCUAAAAAAAAAAAAAAAUUUAUUAUUAUCGAGGCGUAAAGUUUUCACGGAAUUGGAUGAUAAUUAUGACUGGCAAAUUUUGAAAUAUUAGUUGAGAUUUCCGGUUAUUAUUUUUAACCUAAUUAAUGUUAAUAAUGUUAAUUAAUCCAUCAAAAUAGAGAAGAAAUAAAUGUUAAAAAUAUUAAAAUAAUAAAAUAAAUACUAGUGUAAAUUUAUGUAAUCACAAAUUUACAAAUUAUAUUUUUAAGGGGUGUAUCAACUGUACAACUUAUUCCAAAUGGAUUCAUCCUCAUGAAAAUCCAAUAAUUAAAUUA